AUGUACAGCGCCACGGUGCCGCCCCCACCCGAUCCCGCAGCUGCACCGCCAGCCUCCUGCGCGUUGCCACCCCCGUCGCCGCCACCAUCACUGCCACCGCCGUCGUCUUCGCCACCGCCAUCGUCGUUCUCCAUUGCAGGCAGAUCCUCCACAAUGUCAUUCAUUGAUGUCGUGCCGGCGCCGGCGCCGCAGUGCCAGCACUUCAUUUCGCUGUCCGCCGACGGCACCCACGCGUCCUGCAUUCCACACUCAGUACAGCAGGGCGGCCGGUACGACCACCACACGAGGUACAACAUCUUGUCGUACAGACGCCACGUGUGCCGCGUCAAUGGAUCCUCCAAGACGUCGCAAAAGGCUCCAUUGGCGAAUGGAUGCUCCUGUUUCAGAUGCUGGUGGCUUUGGUGGUUGCUGUGA